AUUGCUGCCCCUGCGUCUCCCGCGCUCACCAAGCAACACACGCGUCGCCAGUAAGCCACCUGCCAGCUGUCCUCGCGUUUUCACGCGCGGCUGCCACAUAAAUUCCACAAGGAGCCCGUUUGCCGCUGCCCCUGCCCACGGACUGCCCCAUCGACCUCACGAUCAAUAGCAACCAUGGGAGGCCCAUCAUUCGGUACAAACAAGCACAUGAACCUGGCCGUGCCCCUGGCCGAGGCCCAGUUCCAGCCCUUCGCGCCGGCGCCGAACAGCUGCACGUUCUGUUUUUGUCCUGAUGCGGCGCGCGAACGCAUGUACAUCCACGCGCACGACAACCGACUGCAGUACAACCUGCCGUGCGCGCCGCUGCUCUGCUUCACUCAAGAAAUCUGCGUCCAGGACGACGCGCGCGUCCUGUACUACGACAAGCCGCCCUUCCGCUCGGGCCCGGCGCCCUUCCCGUGCUGCUGCCUGCCGUUCACGUGCUGCGGCCCGCCCGUGAUCUACUCGAAGACGCCGAAGUGUCUUUGUAUUGACUGUUCGCCGUGGUUCGGCGAAACUCUCAACAUCGCGCCCUGCAACUGCUACCGCCUGCGGACGUGCCUCUGCUUCGGCGCGCCGUGCUACGACUCCUGCGGCGUGCCCUACUUCGUCGGCCUCAAGAACGCCGCGGAGUUCUCGAAGGGCCUCAAGGCGGCCUACGACGACAACUUCCGCACCGGCGUCGGCUUCGACAUCAACCAGAAGGAACUCGCCACGUUCGAGCACAUGGACGACGAGAUCAUGCUCGGCGUGCUGGCGGACAAGAACCGGAAGGCCGACGGCGCUCCAUCAAAUGUCGAGCUCAUGGCGCGCUAGAAAGACGCCCUACCUCGGUAAGAUACCAGAUAUUC